CCUUAAACGAUAAUUUCUGUGGCUGCGGCAACAUAGCAAACUCGGCCCCUUCUAUUAUUCUAUAUCUCGAAGCUUUUCUUUUCGUUCUCCCGCUAAUCUGCAGAGCUUUCCCACCUGUAUCCCUGUCGAUCGCUACGCUCCGAACAUGCCUCCGGUACGGACCUCCCGCAAUCGCAAACCACCUCCGGCUGGCUUCGAUGAUAUAGAGGACACACUACUGGAGUUCAGCAAUAAGAUGAAAGACGCAGAGAAUGCAUCUCAUGAUGGUAAAAAGAAGCAUGAGAUGUUGUGGCCCAUAUUUCAGAUCAGUCAUCAGAGGUCAAGAUACAUAUAUGACCUGUACUACGAGAAAGAGGCUAUAUCAAAGCAGCUUUAUGAGUGGCUCCUGAAGAAUAAUUACGCUGAUUCCAACCUCAUUGCUAAAUGGAAGAAGCAAGGCUACGAAAAGCUAUGCUGCCUCCGCUGCAUCCAGACGAAGGAAACCAACUUCAACGCAACCUGCAUCUGCCGGGUACCCAAAGCCCAGCUCAAGGAGGAUCAAACGAUCCAAUGUGUCAGCUGUGGAUGCCGAGGUUGCGCUAGCAGCGACUAGUAGAAUUGCGAAUAUCAUUUUUUUUGUCAAUGUUGUUAGCGGAUUCGGGUUUCAUUUCGGUAGUUGAAGGACACGGUUUGCGGCUUCGACCUUAUUGGUAUGGCGUUGGGUCAAGAGUUGAGGACUCAAGUAUCUUUUCCUUUUACUAACCGCUUUUCUGUCUCUUUCUUGUUUUCCGGGGGAAUUUCUACGUUCCUGAUUGCUCCAAGCAUCGGCUCGUUGGGCCCAGCUCGCCCUAAAGAGCAAUGUUAUGCCGCAACGUAUGUUGCCAAGUAUCCCUCUUGUCACUUAGGAAGUUAUGCAAUACCAUCCGGCAUGCUUUCAAGGAUAAUCAAGAAACAAUGCAAACUCUGCACUCUUGCGGUGAAAGC